GAGUAUAAUGAUUGAUAUGAGCUCACGUAUUCACGACAUGUAUCUAUGAUUACAUUUUCAACCUCAGAUUGUUAUAGCAUAUAUAAUUAUUACGUACCUAUGAAUCCUCGAAUUCCUUUUCUCCUUACUAUAGAUUGCACAUUCGCUCUAUAUCUAAGUAUCACUAUUCUCCUGUUCCGCUAUUGUUACUUCCUCUACACAACCUCUCAAUUCUUUACCAAUAUCCCACAAUCCCCAUUAAAACAUUCAUAAGUCUUAAAAUGAAAUCAGCAGAAAACAUCACCAGCCACGAAUUCGCUAACAUCGUCGCGAUAGAACGCACAUGUUCUGGAAUUUCUCUGCUAGGUUGUUUUUUCAUAAUCAUUACGUUUCUCACCACCACCGCAUUUCGUAAGCCCAUUAAUCGAUUAGUCUUCUACGCGUCUUUGGGUAAUGUAUUCACGAAUUUCGCUACGCUUAUUUCGCGCUCUGCGCUUUCGCAUCCGGAUGGUCGGUUUUGUCAAUUCCAGGCCUUUUUAAUUCAGAUGUUCCUCCCAGCCGAUGCAUUUUAGACAUUGGCCAUGGCAUGUAACGUAAUGUGUGCGUUCUUCUUUCA